UCUCAUUUAUUUAUUGAACGCGAAACAGAAUAAACGUAGAAUUUAAGUUGCAAAUUUUUUCACAAAAAAUUAAGAACUGCAUUUCAAGCAGACGUGGCCAGUAAAAAAGUUUUUUUAUUUAACAAAAGUAAUUAAAUAAUUUGCUUUAGUUUAAUAUAAACAAAAUGAAGUAUUUGUUGAUACUGGGGUUGUUAUUAUUUGCGGGUUUUACGCAAAUUAAAGCCGAAAACGACAAAGAAGAAACUGCCACUGAAAAAAUUGACUUAGAUUUGGGCUCAUUCAAAGAAGGUUCUAGAACCGAUUCCGAUGCCAUUCAACGUGAAGAAGAAGCCAUUAAAUUGGAUGGCCUUAAUGUGGCACAAAUGAAAGAAAUUCGUGAAAAGGCUGAAAAAUUCAAUUUCCAAACAGAAGUUAAUCGUAUGAUGAAACUUAUCAUUAACUCUUUGUAUCGCAAUAAAGAAAUUUUCUUGCGUGAAUUGAUUUCAAAUGCUUCCGAUGCCAUUGAUAAGAUUCGUCUAUUGGCACUGACAAACAGAAAUGAGUUAGAAAGCAAUCCUGAGCUUAAUAUACGCAUUAAGGCUGACAAGGAAAAUAAAGUUUUACACAUUAUGGACUCUGGUAUUGGUAUGACCCAUCAGGAUUUAAUCAACAAUUUGGGUACAAUUGCCAAAUCUGGCACAGCUGAUUUCUUGGCAAAAAUGCAAGAUCCCUCAAAAUCAGAUGGACAAGAUAUGAAUGAUAUGAUUGGUCAGUUUGGUGUUGGUUUCUAUUCCGCUUUCUUGGUCGCCGAUCGCGUUGUUGUCACCACCAAGCACAACAAUGACAAACAAUACAUAUGGGAAUCUGAUGCCAAUAGUUUUAGCAUUGUUGAAGAUCCUCGCGGUGAUACAUUGAAGCGUGGUUCAGUCAUUUCCUUGUACUUAAAGAACGAAGCUCAGGACUUUUUGGAAGAGGAUACCUUACGUGAAUUGAUUCGUAAAUACUCACAAUUUAUCAACUUCCCAAUUAUGUUGUGGUCUAGCAAGACUGUUGACGAAGAAGUACCAAUUGAAGAGGAGAAACCCGUUACUGAAAAAUCCUCAGAUGAUGAGGUUGUUGAUGAAGAAGAAGACGCUAAAGUUGAGGAAGACACCAAUGAAGAUGACAAACCCAAAACCAAGAAAGUAUCGAAGACUGUGUGGGACUGGAUGUUGAUUAACGACAGCAAGCCCAUCUGGACCCGUAAACCCAACGAAGUGGAACAAAAAGAAUACGAUGAAUUCUACAAGAGUUUAACAAAGGACUCCAGCGAACCAUUGAUACACACACAUUUCAUUGCUGAAGGUGAAGUUACAUUCAAGAGUUUGCUGUACAUUCCCAAAGUACAGCCCUCAGAAUCUUUCAAUCGUUAUGGUACCAAAGCUGAUAACAUAAAAUUGUUUGUUCGUCGUGUUUUCAUUACUGACGAAUUCAACGACAUGAUGCCCAACUACUUGAAUUUCAUUCGUGGUAUUGUGGAUUCAGAUGAUUUACCUUUGAAUGUUUCACGUGAAACCUUACAACAACACAAAUUGAUUAAGGUCAUUAAGAAAAAAUUGAUUCGCAAGGUCUUGGACAUGAUCAAGAAGAUUGAUAAAGAAGCCUAUGAAAAAUUCUGGAAGGAAUACUCCACAAAUAUUAAACUCGGUAUCAUGGAAGAUCCCAGCAACCGUUCUCGCCUCGCAAAACUUUUGCGCUUCCAGUCAUCGAAUGGCAAAGGUAUCACGUCUUUGGCCGAAUAUGUAGAGCGUAUGAAGCCCAAACAAGAAAACAUAUACUUCAUUGCUGGUGCAAACCGUGCUGAAGUUGAGAAAUCUCCCUUCGUUGAACGUUUGUUGGCUAAGGGUUAUGAAGUUUUGUAUCUCGUUGAAGCUGUUGAUGAAUACUGCAUUUCUGCUUUGCCCGAAUUCGAUGGCAAGAAAUUCCAAAAUGUUGCCAAGGAAGGCUUCAAGCUCAACGAAUCGGAAAAGAGCAAAAAUAAAUUUGAAGAGUUGAAGGCCACCUUUGAACCUUUAGUUAAGUGGUUGAAUGAAGUUGCCUUGAAGGACAAGAUUUUGCGCGCUCAAGUAUCUGAACGUUUGAGCAACUCUCCCUGCGCUUUGGUCGCUGGUAUGUUCGGCUGGACCGGUAACAUGGAACGUUUGGCUAUGUCAAAUGCCCAUCAAAAAUCAGAUGAUCCUCAACGUACUUACUACUUAAAUCAAAAGAAAACACUUGAAAUCAAUCCCAGACAUCCAUUGAUGCGUGAAUUGUUAAGACGUGUUGAGGCCGAUGAAGCUGAUGAGAGCGCUAAGGAAAUGGCAUUAAUGAUGUUCCGUACCGCCACUUUGCGUUCCGGUUACAUGUUACAAGAGACCUCCGAUUUCGCAGAUACUAUUGAAAAAAUGAUGCGUCAAACAUUAGGAGUCUCUUUAGACGAACAAGUCGAGUGGGAUGAAGAUGAUGACGAUGACACCACAGCUGAUUCCAACGAAGAAAGCACAUCAUCUUCGAACGAUAAUGAUGAGGAUGAAGACACACAACACGAUGAACUUUAAAAAUAAAAAUCUUCCUGCCAAAUGAAGGACAGAUAGAUAUUUGUACAUAAGUAGUAAUCAUUUUGUGUGUUAGACUGAAUUUAGUUUCGUUUGCAAACAUUCGUAAAGAAAGAGUUUUUUUCUUUCUUUAGUUUUUCCAUCCAAAAGAAAAAAAUCACAAUCACUAUUAAUUAUUUAAACUAUUCUUACACUUACAGUUACGAUUUUUUGUACUGUUCCAUUAUAAGUUAGCAUUUCUUGUAAAUUUUUUUAUAAUUUAAUUUAUUUAAAGACGCAAUCAAUAACACGCCAACUUUCUUUUAACACUUUUUAUUUUUGUUAAAGAAAUGUCGUGAUUGUUGUAUAAAAAAAAACAAAAAUUAUCAUCAAAUUAUAAAUAAACAAAUUACUAUUUUCUAUGAAA